GGUCAGCCAUGGCGGAUCAUAACCUAACCGCAAACUUUGACGCCUCCCUUUCCCGUUUUCCAAUACUCCUAAAUUCCACGCCGCCAUCCGUCUAAUUCCACUCGCAUGAAAGCAAGCAAAGGCGUGCGCUAUCUAAAUAUAUGUUAAGUUUAUCAUUUCAUAUUAAUUUUUCCCGGUCAUUAAUUGACCGGGGCGGAACGGAACAAGAGCGGGAGAAAAAAAUGUCAAAGCCACGAGAAGAUAAAAAUUGCUUUUUUAUCUAAUUUAUACACUAUUGAGAGCAACCAAAAGGUGCUUUAAACAUCUUCGAUCGAUUGCUAAUCAGUCGAUUUGCUUAAUUUUGAUCAUCAGCUAUUCAAGUUUUUGGGAUUCUUAACCCUAAUUUGAUCUUUGACCAGUCUCCUCCGUCCGUCGUGGCGGCUCCAGAGAAGCUGUCCCGAGCUCGCAAUUAGGUAACGAUACGAUGCUUGGCCAGUUACUGUGUUCAGUACUAUUCAAAGUUUGAUUCAGUACUAUUUCCUGAUGGAUUAAAUCGGUCUUACAACUAAGCUCUUGUUGGAGGAGGGAGGUUAUUAUCGUUAAAUCUUGGUGUGAUUCAAUGGCGGCAGAGCUCUUGCGGCUCGAGAGCACUAGAUUGUAUGGAAGCAGUAAUCCAGGGUGUAUUUGGGGAUUAUUUCAUAUAUUCGACUCCUACCAUAGGCGUGAGAACAAGAGAAUGCUUUCAUACAAGAGGCUCGCUGAAGGAACUGAUAUUCUCAUGGCGAAUGAAACCGGAGUAGAAGACACUGUUGCAAACAAAGAAGAAAAAGCCAUAGUGGAAAGUAAAGGCAAUAACAUGAAAAAAAGUUCUAGGAAGACGCGCAUUCUGAAUUUUAUUGGUAGAAACUUGUUGAAGCGGCAAAAACAUAGGGAAAAAAAGCCCCAUUCAUCAUCUCAAUUAACGCGCGCUACCUCUGUCCAUCACAUAGAAAGGAAUGAUUUGGUAACCGUUGCUGAAUUAAGUCAAAUCACUUCAGAUAGUGAGACUUCAACCAUUGCACUCGAUUUUGAUGACACUGGUUCUUUAUCAAUGAAUGAACAUGAAUCACUCGUAGCUAAUGAGCUUCAUGUGCCUGUUGAGGGGAAUCAUAGAGCACUUCGGGCCUUAAAUUCUACUGGCUUUGAUAUUCAUUGUAAAUCGCAUGAGCUUGAUGAACUGGGAAAUCAUUUACUGGAUGAACAUAAAAUUCUCAAGGAAAAACUACUCGAGGCAAGGGAUGCUCUCCUAAAGCAGAAAGAUUCAGAUGCUGCAGGCAUAAAAAUGGAAUUUUCACUGCUCUCAAAAAUCUUUCUUGAUACAUUACAUCUAUUCAAUACCAAUAGAGAAGCUCUUGAUAAUGUGUGUAAAGGCCAAAACUCUUUUGUGUCUGGAAUUGCUGCUGGGAUUCCUAUUCCAAGUGAUAAGGUGAUGAAAUUUGAUAGUUUUAUUAAUCAGUCCGAAUCAGCGGAUUUACAAACUAGGACUUUUGGAGUGGUUCCUGACAGUGAAGUUUUUUCUGGUUCUCAGGAACUUAGAAAGCAAGGAGAGAUUAAAACUGUUUUGAGUAGAUUUGUGGAGCUGAAACAGAGACUAAAGGCAGUAAUAGUGGAGAAUAAAAAGGAGCACCAUAGAAUCUCUAUGGAUAGGAUUCUGGAUAAGGUUCCUUCUGGACAUAAGCUACUGGAAGAUGGGGAGGAUAACGAGUUGUAUCGUAGGGUUGGAUUUUUCUCAAGAGGUGGCCAAAGAUUCAAAAUCAAUAGAGUGGCACCUGGUUCUUCAACUGGAAAACUUUUUCACAAUCGAGUUCAAAGAUCGCGUUCGCUUACUGAAUCUUUAGGUAGGUACUCUCAUUUGUUGGAUUCUAUUUCAGGCGAUGAAGUGAGAAAAUCUCCCAAGAGAUCAAACUCAAAUAAAGAAGGUAGUGGUUUACUGCAUGGGAAACUGCCAAAAACUCAUCGAAGGCUGCUGUCAAAUCCUGAGUUUCUUAGUUCAUAUUCUUUCAUCAAGGAUGUACAAAAUGUUAUGUAUAAUGCAUUUCAAUCAUCAAAGGAGCCAACUUUGGCACUUCAAGACAGUGAUUUUGCAACAACUGUUGCUGGUUCUGAUAAGCUAAAUGGAUAUUUAAGCUUGCAACCUGCAGUUGAAGAAACUGCUUAUGAACAAGAGGGGUCCUUGGAAUCCAACGUCAUUACCAAUCUACCAGAUAAAUCUGUAACCUCUACUGUAGAAACAAGCAUUAACGAGACAAAGGGGUGUGAAAUCAUCCCCGGAUCCAUAAAUGAGUGUCGUAAGGUUGAGCAAUUCCAGUGUUCAAAUAUUUUGGAAGAAAAAAAUGACUCUUUCAAGGAGCAGAAGUUUCAAGUUGAAGAAGAACAUAAUGUCAAACCUCAAAGAACAAGUCCCAUCUCCGUUCUGGACCCUGAUAUUGAAGAGCCUGUUAGUCCUUUGAAAUUUACUGUCAUGGCAGGUUCAGAUUCAGAACAGUUACACGAGAAUCUUGAGGAACAACUUCCAUGCCCUGAAGCUCAAAAAGUUGCUGGGUUCAAUGAGCUUGAUGUUGAUGAGGAAACAGCUACUACAAAUAGUGAUCAAGCCAAGUCUUUCCUCGCUCAUGCCAAUGAAAAAGACACUGCCACGUUUAAUUAUGUGAAGCAAAUAUUAAGCAAAUCUGGCUACGAAGCACUGUUUUGUGAGACACAAGACUUCUCUACUGAAGUUGAGGCUACAAACCACCUGUUGUGCGGCAUUCUUUUGAGGAGCAGCUCAUAUUUGAUUUGAUAAAUGAGGUGUUAUUUGACAUUUAUGAAUAUUCUACAGCUCCAAGCUCAUGGCUUUCUCGCUUCCAUUCUAAGAUCAGAUCAAUGCCUGCAGGAAGCCAUCUGCUUGAGGAAGUGUGGGAAGAGAUCACAUGGCAUCUCUCUUCACCACAAGGGAUGGACGCCAUGAUUGAUCAGAUGUUGGCUCGAAAUUUUACUAAAACUGAUGGCUGGAUGAACCUUUAUCGUGAUGCCGAGUGCUUUGGAUUGCUACUGGAGCAACUGAUAUUGGAUGAUUUAGUUGAUGAAGCUUUUUUUUAUGCUGAUGAGUUUUGAAGUUUUUGGCAUGUUUUUAUGCAAUUUUUUUUUGCAUUGUAGAUAGAUUUAAAUCUUUUUCUUCCCUGCUUUUGUAUCAUGUUUCAUUUUUGUUUGCAGAUUUUU